AUGCCCUACAACACCCGCCGCAAGUCCCUGUCGCUGCCGUCGCUCGGCAUCCAGCUCCCAGGUGCGCCCCGAACGGUGCGCUCACCGCCUUCGACAAGCGACGGCCAACACGCCGCAAAGAAACAGAAACGCUCACAUUCGGGCUCCCUCUCGUCCUCGCUUGCAUCACCACCACGUCCAUCGGCGCUGCGUAUCGACGAGCACCGACCCAAAAGCUCAGGCCGCGUCGCCGACACCCCGCCACCGUCACCAGGCGGCGAGUCCGGCACCGCCAAGAUCGACACCCAAGGUAUUGAUGACGAGAUUGUUGUCGGUGUUAUUGAGCAGCUCGAAAAGACUGGCAACCGUCCCCAUUUACUCAAGGAGCUUGCCCUUGUUCUGUCGCCCAUCAUCCCCAUUGUCGAGAGCUCUGCCAACCCAGCAGCCAUCAUCUCGUCACGUUUAGCCACAUACCUCAAGCGCAACUGGACCGCGUUAUCGAGAUGUCCCCUCGACAAGAAGCUUGUUGGCACGCACCCAAAGCGUGUCUACUACUUUCUUUCCACACGCCCACACCAACCGAUUCCUGCUGACGGGGGUAAUGCCCCAAUCGCACCGCGCAUUGUGACGCCGUCACUUUCGUCUGCUACAUCGGAAGAAGAAGAGGACAUGGACGCAAGAUCACGAGAUCGCAUGUCGCCCUCUCCAGAACUCGACCUCUCCGACUACGACAGCAACGCCAGCGACCCCUUCUCCAACCAAACCCAUCCUCCUACAACCGCCAACAUUUCACACAACCGCCGCGCUCAAUCUCCUCCGUUAGAAAAGGACGAGCGCGAGUUCACCCAGACUGCGUCGUUCCUUCAACAACGACGGAUGAGCCAAGAAGCGGAGCGUGCACGAUCUGCCAGCGCAUCUGCCGAGCCGACACAAAGCAGCGAUGUGAAGAUGGAAGAAAUCGCCGCCUCGGUUGAGGAGACGGUUGAAAGCGCCGCCCGCAAAGACUCCGAAGCGGCGGCCACUCUUUUUGGUCAAAUGGAUCAGGUUGUGAGCUACAAUUCUGCACUCUCACCCAGCAGCCCUGCACUCAGGCCUACGCUCCACAUCGACAUGCCACCGCCAUCGCUCAAGCGCAAAGAGAUAAAACUCGAGUUUGACGACGACUGGGUCAUGAAGAGCCCGGAGCUUAUUGAUCUGGACGAGCUUGACGAUCUUUUUGGUGGUUACUAA